AUGGAGUCUAAGCAGACGGACCUUUGGGUCGUGCUGUUUGUCACUUUUGCUGCUGCGACUAUUAUUACUAUCCUUCGGUUAUUGAGUCGUCGGCUCAAGAGAAUUCCUUUGUCUUGGGAUGAUUACUUUGCUCUUUGUGGAUAUGCGAUUUCUGUUGGUUGGAUCAUUAUUAUUCCCUACUGGGUCAAUCAUGGUCUUGGACUACAUAUUACGGAUGUCGUGGAAAUGAGGAAAAUCACAUUGGAAGAUGCAUUGUAUCAAUCGAAACUUCUGCUCUUCAUCGCCGAGCUCUUCUACGCCUUCGGUCUCUUCUUCGCCAAAGUCUCGAUUCUCAGUCUCUACUGGCGCAUGUUCCGGGUCAGCAAUAUCCGACUCCCGAUUCAAAUCCUCUUCGGAUGCGCCAUCGUCUGGAUCAUCUUCCGAAUCUUUAUGGGUAUCUUCCACUGUGUUCCCGUCGAUGCGUUCUGGGAUUCCAAGGCAGGCGGCUACUGCGCCAUCGAGGAUAAGAAGUUCUUCUUUGGCACGACGCUGGUCCACGCUGCCAUUGACAUUGCUAUCUUGAUCCUGCCAAUGUGGCAGAUUGGCAAAUUGCAGCUACCUAUGAUUCAGAAAGCUGGUAUCAUGGUCAUGUUUACCUUUGGCUUCUUCAUUUGCGCCGCCGCUAUCCGACUUAUCGUCGCUGCUCGCGUUUUUAAUGACAAGUCCGCCGAUUUGACUUGGAAUAUUUGCGACAUUGUCAUCUGGGCAACGGUCGAGGUCAAUCUGAUCAACGUUUCCGCUUCACUGCCCACGAUUCGACCCGCGUGCACGUACAUCUUCACCUGCACGCAUCCCCGAACCCGAACCGGCGCCAGCUCAGGAAGCUACCCCAACAGCUACGGCCGCAGUCAAACCAAGCAGUCCAUCCGUCUCGACACCAUCAACAAAUCCACACCCAACGACGAAUCUUCCUCAACACACCAACUCGCCGAAUCCGACGACGGCGGCGGUCGGGGCUCAGUGUCAGACUUUGAGAGCCACGCCAUCGACCGGUUCAGACCAGCGGGCAACAAGUACACAUCUACAGUCACGGGUCAAAGUCCAGGCACUGGAGAAUUCGGCGCAAACUUUGGUGGCAUUCUUGUCAAGAAUGAGACGACGGUUCACGUUUCCAAACACUGA